AUGAAGGUCGAAGAUUAUUUAGCUGCAUGUGGUGUCGUAGAACAUGAUAGAAAAGAUCAUAUACUUAAAGAAAUAAAUAUUAAAUUAUUGUUGGCAUAUGUUGUUGCCGUUAAGCAUCAUGUUCGAUUAGAAUUCGGUACUCAGUGGCCAGAUUUGGAUGAUCUUCUUCCCAAUGGUUUCCAGCUGACAUAUUAUGAGGGUAGCGCCGCACUAACUGAGCCUACCAUCGAAGGGAUUGAUCAAGAUGAAAAAUCUUAUACAGUUGAUAUCCCACAUGUGAGUGUUCCACUUCGAACAUUGGCAACUAGAGUUCCACCUACUACUUAUUCCCGCCUUCGUACUACUUUGAAAACUCUGUCUGAUGAAGAUAAGAAAAGGCUAUAUGGUGAUUGCGAUUACAAUGAAUUACCUGAUGAUGUAGAUGCAAGCAUGAGUCUUCCUUUGGAAAUUAUAUUUCAUUUAAAUAUGUAUAUUGAAAAACAAUGUCGCGAGAAAAAAUUGGAUAUAGUGUUUGCUCUUCCAUUUACUAUAAUUGCUGAACUUGCUUGGUUCUCUAUUCCCACUAUUUUCCUUGUCGCUUUUAUUCUUUUUGGCACGGAAAUUGAGAAUCCAUUUGGUUACGAUGAUAAUGAUCUUCCGCUGGAUGAUUAUUGCAAGAGCAAUCAAGUCAUUAGGAUUUGA